CUUUGCCUCGAGACGGGAGCUGCAGCGGCGCGAGGAACGCGGACGCCGCCGGGAGCAGGCGCGCGCCCUCAUUUCCGCGGGCGAGCGCACCUGGAGGUGACCGAGCGCGAAGGACGCGAAGCGCGCGCGGACCUUCCUCGAGCCGCUCGUCGCGUCUCGGCACGCGCAGCUCUCGCGAUCGACAGACCGCGGCUCGACGUUCGCGGGGAAGCUGGAGACGGACGCUCUUACUGAGAAGCUCUGGAUUAAUAGGACAAAGAAGGAGGAAAUAAAAUUUCACGAAUCGCCAUCUGCUGACUUCAAAUACGAUGCCCUCUUGCAUAAAAUGUCAUCUGUGAAAGAGGCGGCAACACUUUGCGAAAAUGGAGCGACCUUUGAGGGUGCCCCAAAUGGGCAGUGUGCUGGAUGGCGGAGGGAUGGCCGCUUGGGCCGUGCGAGCAUACACACGCAGACGGCCUUGCUACCCAAGGCGGACAAGGAAACGCAAACCAGCAGCCCCGUCAUAUUGCGGAUGGAUUUAGAAAGGACGCCGUCGAAACCGAAGCAUGGAUCUCUUGUGGAAACCGAUGGAACGGUCGCUCCGUUUUUCCACUUCGACAGGCAGGCGCCCGCUCGGAUUUCCACUUCUCCGACCCUGAGGAGGAUGAGGACAAGCAUUCGAAUUCCUAGAACUGAUGGACAAGAGCCCUCUAAAGUGAACAGUACAAGGGAGGACUCGGCCACGUGUGGGGUGACUUUGUCAGGGAGUUCAUUUUCACCUGCUGAAAGGCAAAGAUCUCCACUAGCUGAACCUCAGCAUUUCCCUCCCCACAAACACGAUCGUGAUGCCCAGCCUGAUCUGUCGCCAGUUGAAGUGAGAAAUCGAUCCAGUAGAGCCAACACUCUUGACAACAGUGAAAUUCGCAGAAGACAGGAGUCCUUCAACGUAAAAGAAUCUAAUAGUUCUGAAGGAACAGAUGACUCUGAUCAGGCAAAGGAAUCAUCCCACAAAUGGCUGCAGGAGAGAAGACGCAGCUCAGUGGUGAUCAGCCUCCCGGGGUUGGAUGUGUCACCUGGAGACCUGUUUGUGUCCAAUGGGGCAGGUAUCCUAAAUUCCCCCAACAUUUCAGAUACCAAGAAAUCAAAGUGGCCUUUCUCAAGACGUAGCACGCAGGCCAAAGGGAAGUCAAGCUCUCUGUCAGAUAUGGAGAAGCACCUGUCCAACAUGCAGGUGCAGGACUGGAGGGAAACAGAUUUUCAGAGGUACAAGGACUGCCCACUGGAAAUCUUCCUGAAGAUCCAUGGCUGUGAGGACAGAGGUGUGGACAGUACCAAGGAUUACAGGAGAGAGGAGGCAGUGUGGGAGCUCUUCACAAGCGAGUGUGUGUACUUCUUGGACCAGCUGAUGGUCCUGAAAGAGGUGUUCCUCAACACAUUGAUCAGCCUACAGAUGAGCGACUGCCUGCAGGACAUCGACCCCUGGAGGCUGUUUGCAAACCUGAAUGAGCUCUGCUUGGUAAGCUUUGACUUCCUCACCAGCCUUCUGCGAGUCAUCAAGCAGUCAUGGGCUAUCCCUGUCGCAGGGACCCCCCUCCCACUGCCCAGCCUGCUCAGUAAGGGCUUCCGAGAGAGCAUUUGCCACUGCCAGCAGAAAUACUGCCUCAAUUACUCCACGGCAACCUUUUACAUUGAGAGCCUGAAGCAGAGGGACGACUUUGUGGCCUAUAUGAAGUGGUGCGAAAGCCAUCCGGAGUGUCGACGGCUGCAGCUCCGGGACCUGCUGGUGGCCCCGAUGCAGCGUUUGACACGCUACCCCUUGCUGCUGCGGAACAUCUGUAAGCGCAGCAGCAGCGAGCAGGAGCAGCAGGCCGUAGAGACGGUGGCAGAGAUGGUGGACAGGAGCAUACAGGACCUCGAGGGGAAGGUGAAAUGGCUGGAGAACUAUCAGAACAUCAGGCAGCUGAAAGAGUGCCUGAUUUGGCCACAGGUGUGGGAGCAGAACAAGAGAGGCUUCGUCCCUGAGAAUCUGAAACAUCUUCUGAAGGCUGUAAGCCUCGACAACCUGGUGACGCAGCGGAGCCUGCUGUACGAAGGGAAGCUGUCUCUCGUAGAGAACUCAAAGUUGCGUGAGGUCUGCCUGUUCCUCUUCGAGGAGUUCCUUCUCAUCACCAAGGUCAAGAGGGGUAAAAAGCGGACUCUAGGAUCAGAGCACAGUGGCAUGCGACCACCGCAUGUGCAGGAGCUACACACACUGCUGCAGGAGGGCUGCACUUUCACGGUGCUGGACCAGCCCAUCUCCUUGGACCGGCUACAGCUGAGGAAUGUGGACCAGCUCAAUGCCGCAGCAUCCGGGAUUCCCAACUCCUUUGUGAUUAUGCACCAGAACCGGUAUCAGCAGGUCAUUGCGGUCUUCAUCCUGCAAGCGCCAUCUGAGGCCAUUAAGAAAUCCUGGAUGUCAGCCAUAGAACGUGCCAUCGUGGCUCUGCAGGCGCAAGAUUCUCAGAAGCCCAGGGUUAAGAGUACCAAGUUCUGGCUGGAGUCCUCUCAGAUCUAGUCAGCACCAUGUCCCUAAGAAUCCCUUGCAAGAGGAAGUGGGUUCGAUUCCCACUCAGUCCGUGUGGGGUUUGUAUGUUCUCCCCCAUCUGUGUGGCUU